AUGUUGAUGAUAUCUGAACCUAAACGAAGACUAAUUGAUGCUCACGUACAUUUUUGGCAUCCUGAUCGAGUUUAUAUACCUUGGGUUAAAAACAGCAAACUAAAUAAGCACAAAGAUGCAAUUGAAUAUUCAGCACAAAUAAAAAAUGCAAAAGUGGAGUCGGCCAUUUAUGUUGAAACAGAUGUAGACCCUUACUAUGGCUUAGUGGAGGCUGACUGGAUUACACGAUAUUCCGAAGAAGAACUGGAAAAAACUGACUCAUUUGGGGGUAUCGGAGGCAUUGUGGCAUUUGCACCAGUUCACCAAGGACGUCAUGUUGAAGGCUACCUUCGCACUUUGAUCCGUCUCACCCGAAACAAACUCAAAGGCGUCCGUUAUUUAAUACAGGACCCGGCACAAGAUCCAAACCGAGUGGUCCAACCUGAUUUUAUCGAAGGCGUGCAGAAACUAGCAUCUUUUGAUCUGAGUUUUGAUCUUGCUAUUAAUUGUCGUGAAUGUCCUGCACAGUUUCCUCCCUUACUGGAAUUGGUGGCACAGUGCCCUCGUGUUCAGUUUGUGCUUGACCAUAUGGGUAAGCCUCCUUGCGAUAAUCAGCCGGGGGAGGCGAGGUUUGAGUUUUGGGAACAGCAUCUAUUGAAACUAUCCCAAUUUCCCAAUGUGAGUUGUAAAGUGUCUGGUCUCAUCACAGAAUUGAUCGAGCAUGACGAUAGGACACAAGAUGAGGUGAUACAACAACUCAGACCAUUCAUUCAGGUUGCAUUAAAGGGAUUUGGGAUUGACCGGCUAUUGUUUGGAGGAGAUUGGCCUGUGUGCGAACUUGCCAAAAACAACUUGAGGUGGCCAAAUUGGUUUGAAAUUGUAUCGGAAAUAGUAAGGGACUGGUCCGAAGCAGACAAGGACAAAUUCUUUUUCUUAAAUGCUUCUCGCGUGUAUAAGCUGACACUGUAG